CAGGUAGCCUUUGUGUUACAUGUACUGCUUGUUAUGAUAAUAUGGAGCGUUGGACGUCAGGCCACAGGAGAAUUUCAAGAAGUGAAGGUAUUUGCGACGUCAACAGUCGAAGUCUGCAUGAGCAUCGACAACCGCUUAUUCUGCGCAUCUGAGGACGGGACGAUGAUAAUGUUUGAAAUGCACAUCCCUGGCCCUCAGCGAACUGCUCGGGCCAAUACCAAUACAUUACCAUGGUGCAGUCAGGUGUUGAUCUCCAGGGUUGAUUUACAAGAUUGCAUAAACAGGGCCCAGGAGCUUGAAACAAAGAUUUCGGAUACAGAGCGGUAUAAUGUGUACGAAAUCAAGUACAGCAAUGAAAGACAUACUAGAGAGAUCAGAGAUCUGGAAAACCUCCACCAUGAAGUCUUGGAAGAAGUCCGCUCUAAGCACCAAAAGCUAGUCACGGAUAAAACCAAAGUGGGGUUGGAGGCAGAAAGAAAACUGGACGUGCUUCUGGCUAUUCGUGCCAAGGACCUUAAGGACAUGGAAGAAGAAUACUGUAAAAAAAUCAUACGGGAAGUUAAAAGGUUCGAAGAUGAAGUCCGUAGCAAGGAAGAAGAAAAUGCACGCUGGAUCCAGCACCUGGAGACAACUAGUAAAACCAAUGAAUUUGCUGCCCAGAUGCUCUUGGAAGAAUACGAAGCGAAAAUCCAGGAAACUAAAGUGGAAGUUCAUCACCAUGAGAUGUCGAAAGGUCAAAUUACUGACGACCAGGAGCAGGCUCGAAAUAUGGCGGAGGAAGAUGCCGAUCAUGAAAUUGAGCUGCAGAGAGAAAGAUACGAGAUCAGGUUGAAGAAAGCAGAUGAAGUGGUACGACAUUUCAUGGGUGAAAAUGGUAUUCUGAAGAGCAAAUUUAUAGCGUUCCAGAAGGAGGUUGACGAAUCAUGUUCAGAGCUGCAAAAGCUACUGGGCCAGAAGGAGGAACUUUGUGCAAUUGCCAAUGACUGCAAAAGUGAUAUUCAGCAGCUUCAAAAGGAUUUACAGCAAAGGAGCAAUGUAUUACGUAAGAAAGACAAGCGCAUGUAUGAUCUUAAACGAGCUAACCAGGAACUUGAGACGUUCAAAUGGGUGCUGGACUUUAAAAUUACGGAUCUGGUACGGAGUAUGGGACCUUCUCACGUUGAAUCUGCAAAACUUAAAGAAAGAAUUCAGCACAUGGAGGAUGAGCUUUUGAGUUCGCAUGAGAAGGCUAAAAUCAUGGACGACCGUGUAGCAAGCACGAAGGCGAAGCUGCAUGCUGCUGCUGCAGAAAGAAAGCAUUUGAUGUACACCAACUCCAGACAGACUGAACAGCUGAAGGCUUUUCUAGCUGAUUAUCACGGACUGUCACAGAAGAUCGAGAGCAUUCAAGGUAUAAAAUCGGGAAUUGCAGAGAUAUAUCAAAAACAUGUAGCAGGAAAAUUUCAGCUGGAAAGAGUAGAGAAACCUCGGCUGGACGAUGCAUUUCUUCAAGUAGCAACGUUGGAAGUACGGGUGAAAUCGCUACAAAACGAGCUAAAACAGGUGAGGGAGGAAGGGUUCCGCAACCACACGCGUAUGAUCAAACAGAACCGAAACCUUGUAUGCCAAACAAGAGAAUUGCGUGAGGACAUCCGGAGCAGGACUCAGACACCAACGUCAAGCGCUCCUAGGUCUAGAGUGAGCUCUAGGCCGACCACAUCGGAUGGAAAUCAAUUGUUCUCCUUGCGUAAACAUGUUGCAGAGUUGCAACUUCGGUUAACAGCUGAAAGUGCACGUGCUGAGUUUUUGGAAGAGCAAAUAGGAUCGAAAAUAGGGAACACUGCCAGACUGAGGUACUGUAUCGGGGUGAAGAAAACGCCAAUAGGUCGUCGAUAAGGCCAUAAAUUCAGUAAUUAGGUGAGUAAACCAAUCCUUCCCCGUUGACUCUUUACGAAUUUUAGAUGGAACUUAUUUUGCAGUAACCAAGUAUUCAACCAACCAAGUAUUCAAAGUAGUAUUCUGCAUGUACAACUGGCCAGCAAAAGUAACAUCUGGCGUUGAUUGUA